CUCGCAAUUUCGCCAGUGAACACGCGCUCGACGACGGCGUAGUGACGACGAAUUUGUUAUAUGGCUGUUUCAUCGUCGUCCUGAAAGGGUAACGCCAAACUGCUGAACAAGCGCCGAUCGAACAUCGAUAUUCAGCCGGUGUUGAUCGCCGGUUCGCAUCUGACAGCUCCCAUUGUUAUCGCCUUCGACAUUUCGCGGAGCAUCUGGUACGCGUGGCUCUCAUUCCCGUUGGGAAAAAUGAGAGAUAUCGCAGCUGAUACUGAAGCGGCUAAAGACAGUGGACGCAUCGCAACCCAAGGCCAUAAGAAUGGCGGGAUCGCCGGUGUUGGAGAACGAGAGUGGAUUGGAAGAAGACGACCAGAGCAUACUCAGUAUGUUAAGUUCUUUGGACUUUCUACUGCUCGGCCUACUGAUUGCGGUUGCAGCAUGGUACUCUAUAUGGAGAAGAAGUAGGCAAGAAGAUCACAACAUACCCGGCCCGAAAUCUUACUCCAUCCAACCGACAUCUUUCGUGGCGACGCCACCUUCCGAGAACUCCUUCAUAAAAAAGCUCAAGUCCUCUGGGCGUAGUUUGGUGGUAUUUUAUGGCAGCCAGACAGGUACCGCCGAAGAAUUUGCUAGUCGUCUCGCUAAAGAGGGCAUCAGGUACAAGAUGAAAGGCAUGGUAGCCGAUCCUGAGGAAUGCGAUAUGGAGGAGCUGGUGCAUCUGAAAACUAUCCCGAACAGUUUAGCGGUAUUCUGCAUGGCGACAUACGGAGAGGGCGAUCCUACGGACAAUGCGAUGGAAUUUGUCGACUGGCUGAAGAACGGCGAUAGCGAUCUCUCCGGGCUAAACUACGCGGUGUUCGGACUUGGGAAUAAGACCUAUGAGCAUUACAACGAAGUUGCCAUACAUAUGGAUCACAGACUGGAGCAGCUGGGUGCUACACGUGUAUUCGAACUGGGUCUCGGAGACGACGAUGCUAAUAUCGAAGAUGAUUUCAUCACAUGGAAAGAUAAGUUUUGGCCAGCCGUCUGCGAAUUCUUCGGCAUUGAGGGAGCUGGUGAAGAUGUCAGCAUCAGGCAAUACAAACUCACGGAACACGUGGAUUUACCAGCUGAUCGAAUUUACAAUGGAGAGAUAGCUCGUCUACAUUCCUUCCAAAACCAAAGAGCGCCGUUCGACGCGAAGAAUCCUUUCUUGGCUCCAGUUAAGGUCAAUCGCGAGCUGCACGGCCCGACAUCUGAGAGAUCCUGUAUGCACAUCGAGUUCGACAUCGAAGGCUCCAAAAUGCGUUACGAUACUGGCGAUCAUCUGGCUGUUUAUCCUGUUAACAAUGCGGAACUGGUUAAUAAAAUCGGCGAACAGUGUGACGUCGACUUGGACACUGUCAUCACCCUUACAAAUACGGACGAGGAGUCUUCGAAGAAGCAUCCGUUCCCUUGUCCUUGCAGCUACAGGACAGCGUUGACACAUUAUUUGGACAUCACUAGCAACCCACGUACACAUAUCCUCAAGGAAUUGGCCGAGUAUGCUACUGAACCCACGGACAAGGAGAAACUCAAAUUGAUGGCGUCCACCACUGUAGAAGGCAAGGCAGCUUAUCAACAGUGGAUAGUUCAAGAGAAUCGCAAUAUCGUGCAUAUCCUGGAGGACAUUCCCAGCUUGAAGCCACCUUUGGAUCAUCUCUGCGAAAUCCUGCCGCGAUUACAAUGCCGAUACUACUCCAUAUCCUCAUCCCCGAAGCUUCAUCCGACCUCGAUCCACAUCACGGCAGUGGUAGUAGAGUACAAGACUCCGACUGGUAGGAUAAACAAGGGCGUCACGACCAGCUGGUUAAAGGAAAAACAUCCCUCCGAUCCACCUUGCCUCGUCCCGAUCUUUGUAAGGAAGUCUCAAUUCCGUUUGCCCAUACGUACCUCCACUCCUAUCAUUAUGGUCGGACCAGGCACUGGUUUAGCACCAUUCAGAGGCUUCAUACAAGAACGCGACUUGGCGAGGAAGGAAGGUAAAGAAGUAGGCGACACGAUACUCUACUUCGGCUGCAGAAGAAGCAAGGAAGAUUUUCUAUAUCACGAUGAGUUGGCACAAUAUGUAGAGAACGGAACGUUAACGUUACACACUGCCUUUAGCCGAGAACAACCUCAGAAAGUUUACGUCACACACUUGCUCGAGAAGAACAAGGAAGAAAUAUGGCGAGUGAUCGGCGAACAAAACGGACACAUUUACAUUUGCGGGUUAGUCGCAAUUUAUGAUCUUUCCGCUGCAAUAUAUAAUCAUUUUUCGAAUUCCAUUUCUUCGUUUCUAAAAUAUUUUUAUCUUCUCUUCAGAGAUGCGAGAAAUAUGGCGCGCGACGUGCAUAAUAUAUUACUCAAGGUGGUGAUGGAACGAGGAAACAUGUCAGAACUCGAUGCUAUGGAUUAUAUUAAAAAGAUGGACUCACAGAAACGAUAUUCCAGUGACGUCUGGAGCUGAGCAGUAACUCGAGGCAUAGAGAAGCACAAUUUCCGUCAAAAUCUGAAAAUUGAAUUCAAUUCAAUUUGUCAGAACGCCAGGUCGAUCGACAGUAA